AUGCAGGUUAAAGAUUCUACAACUUCUACUUCAUCGACUGAAGAACGUAAAGAAUUGACAAGUUAUCCACAAGAGAAUGUAGAUUACUAUCAAAAGAUCAAAUGGAAUGGAUGGGGUGACACUCGCAAGUUUAUUCAUACUCUUCAACCAUCGGGAACAGUUGCCAUUACGACACCAACUGUCUCUGGCCAACCAUUGCCAUCGUUGAAGAAGUUCAUCUUGACCGAGUUGACCAUCAACGGACAAGGACAAACCGAUCUCGAAAACUCACCCUCUCUCACUGUCGAAGACAUUAAGUUGCCACUUCCACGUGCAGCUCCAGGUGACUUUGCACGUGAACUCCGUGCAAUCUUUAAGCCAAACCAAGUCAAGGAGGACAAGUUUGCUCGUCUCACUCACAUCUAUGGCAAGUCACUUCGUGAUUUGAUUCGUCUUCGUAUUGGUUUGGUCGAGAAUGCCCCAGACGUUGUCGUAUUGCCAGAGUCACACGAAGAGGUUGAGAAGCUCGUCUUGGCUGCUCACCGUGCCAACGUUAUCAUUAUCCCAUACGGUGGUGGUUCCAACAUUGUCGGUGCCUGCGAACCAAUCGACCAAACCCGUUACACUGUCUCUCUCGACAUGCGUCGUAUGAACAAGGUCUUAUGGGUCGAUCGUCGUGAAAUGACCGCUUGCAUCCAAGUCGGUAUCAUGGGUCCAGAUCUCGAACGUGAACUCCACAAGUCAGGUGUUUCUCUUGGUCAUGACCCAGAUUCCUUUGAAUUCUCUACUCUUGGUGGUUGGUUAGCUACUUGUUCUUCUGGUCAUCAAUCUGAUAAGUAUGGAGAUAUCGAAGAUAUGUGUGUAUCAUUCAAGACAUGUACACCAAUGGGUACAUUGGAAUUAAGAAAUGGAGCACGUGCUGGUGCCGGUCUCAACUUUAAACAUGUUAUUCUUGGUAGUGAAGGUACACUUGGUAUUAUUACCGAGGCUGUUAUGAAGGUUCAUCCAGUGCCACAAGCUGCCGAAUACUAUGGUUUCCUCUUCCCAUCGUUUAACCACGCCAUCUCUGCCCUCGAGCAAAUGCGUCGUUCAGAGAUCAUCCCAACCAUGGUCCGUAUCUACGAUCCCGAUGAGACCCGUCUCUCGUUUGCCUCCAAGCCAAGCAAGGGCGCAGUGUCUGAGUUUUUCUCGGCUGCCGUCAAGAAAUAUUUGCAAUACAUUCGUAGCUUUGACAUGACUCAGGUGACACUCAGCAUCAUUGGUUUCGAGGGUCCAAAGAAGCAAGUAGACUUUGUCAAAAAGUCAUGUUUUGACAUUCUCGCCAAGAAUGGCGCCUUUGGAUUGGGAACUGCCCCCGGCAAGACCUGGGCCGAGAAGCGUUACGAUCUUCCAUACAUUCGUGACUUUUUGCUCGAUCACAACAUGUGGGUCGAUGUCGCCGAGACCACCGUCUCUUACACGUCGCUCAUUCCACUCUGGAAGGAGGCCAAGAAGGCUUUUGUCCAACACUAUCACGCCAAGGGCAUCCCUGCUUGGAUCUGCGCUCACAUUUCACAUACCUACAGCAACGGUGUCUGUCUCUACUUUAUCUUUGCCAGUAGACAAAACGACGAAAAGGAAAUGACCCCAUACAUUGAAGGCAAGCGUUUGAUGUGUGACAUUAUCAUGAAGCACGGCGGUGCCAUCUCUCAUCACCACGGUGUCGGUUACGAACACGCUCCAUGGAUGAGUCGUUACGUCACUCAAGGUUGGGUCAACGUCUAUCGCAAGAUCAAGGAAACCAUCGAUCCAAAGAAUAUUUGCAAUCCAAGAAAACUCAUGCCAACCAUAGAAGAAGAGCAAGGAAAGGAAAACUAA